AUCUAGGCUCAUCAUGGGCUCAUCACAUACUCAAGAUGAGCUUGAGUCGAGGUUUGCCAACCUGCUGCAGCCUAUCCGAGACCUCACCAAGAACUGGGAUGUAGACAUCGCAUCAUCACUGGAGGACUACCUUGAAGAGCUUGGCAACAUAGUGAUAACUUUUGAUGGAGGGAUUACUACAAUGAAUUUUGCUGAAGCAGCAAUGCUGAUUCAAGGCUCUGUGUGUGUAUAUAGUAAAAAGGUUGAAUAUCUCUACACCUUGGUGUAUCAAGUUCUGGACUUGCUGGCAAGUAAAAAAAAACAGAAUAAACAGGCAUCAGCUGAAGGAAAUGAUGAUGAGGAUUCUGGGUUUGACAAAAAUGAAGAUGAUGAGUUUCUGAGCCUGGACGAUAUUAAAGAACACAAGAGUAUUGUGCUGAAAGAAGACGAAUAUGGAAAUAAGAAUGUGAUGCCAAUACCUCAGAUGCCACUGUCAUUGAUUCCUCUGGAGGAAGGAGAAAAAGGAGCUAAUCCUCUACUAAGUAAGAAGGGGGAGGUCCUGGCCAGCAGAAAUGACUUUAAGAUGAACACUUGUUCUGUUCAUCAGAGUGGCACGCUGCUCCUAGACAUGUCUCACAUGGCUCUACUUGAGAAGACAUUAUCAGACUGCAUCUCCCUACAAGGUGGCUCGUUAAACACAAUACAGGAGGAGAGCACAGAACAAUGUACACAGGGAAUGAUGGGAAGAGACAAUGUAGAGGAAGUGGAAACCAAUGACCUCCCACCACCAGAUGUCACUAUGGGUGACAAUGCAGGAGAUGAGGCAGAACCUUUCGAGCCGGCUCCAAUGGAGGAUGAGGUGGACGGAGCUGUACCUCCCAACAACAGAGAGAGUCUAGAUGCACAGAUUCUCAGGAGAUCUGAAAGAAAAAGAGUGCAAAUUGUUCCCCCCAAACCUGUAAUUGAUCAUUGGAAGAUGAUAGAUCCACAUGACCCCGGCAAUGUAACAGAGCGCACCACAAAGAGAGGAAAGACUUUUAAGAUCCCAGACAAUGUAGAUGACAGUUUGACAAACAAGAGGAAGAGAAAAAAGAAGCCUGAGAUAAAGAAGUUGUGUCCCCUUACUCAGUUUGUCUGUCAGACAUUCACUAAUGUGGAAAAAUAUCCAAAGAAUCCCUUGAAAACUGUGUCCUUUCCUGAACUUGAUAAACCUUUCUGGGAGGAAUACAAAAGAAGGCAAGCUCUGUCAAGGAAAGAAAAUAAAGCAAAGUUUGCUUAUGUAGAGGAAGAAAAUGAAGAUGAAAAGGUGGAACAAGAAGAUUUUCAUGAAGAAGACGAUGGAGCAGCAGACAUUUUAUUGCCCCAGAUGAAUGAUGAGAAUUUGUUUGAUGCUAUAAAUACAGUCGCUGAUGACAUGCCGUACUCUGAGUCAAUGAAGAAUAAUGAUUUCGGUGCCACCUUUGAUGAUGGUUUAAUAAUAAAUGAUUAUGAAGAGCUUGUCAAACAUCAUGUGGAGCAGUACCUGAUCAGUGCCCAGGAGUACGCCCAGAUAACAGAAUUGUCCCGGCGAGUAGCAGAGUGGGAGGAGAAGGUCAUUCCUAAACUGGAGGAGGAGGAUACACAUGAUCCAUUUGAUAUCAACAAAUAUGGAAGCCUCCUAAUAGGUUCCUUAAGUAAGGAGUCUAACACUGCAUUUAAAGAGGUGGUCAAAGCCAAGAAGACAUAUGAAGUCUGUAGGAUAUUUCUAGCUUCCCUAAUGCUGGCAAACACAGGGAAUGUAGAAAUAGUUAGGAGAGGGGAGUUAGAGAAAGGGAUGGACAAGUUUGAGUUACAUUUACUCUCCACUAAGAGACAUUUUGAACAGCUGGAGGAAUACCAGGCCCCAUCUAUAGCUGACAAAGGAUGAGAGACUUAUAGCCCACACAAAAAUAUCUACAAGGCAAAUUUUAACUCGGACAGAUUUAAAGCAGCACUGUGAUCAGUUUUAUGCAUUUUAUCUGAGAAUGUAAACAUGUUUCAUCGGAAAUUUUUUUAAAUUCAUGUAUGCAUUCGUCAGAAACUCUAUAGACUAAUCUAAAAUUAAAAUCAUGAAGAAAAGGACACGGAGAGGGAAAUGUGUAUAAUUACAUUAUUUAAUAAAGAUUGUGCACAUUCCUGGUUAAUGAAGCACAGAAGUCUCGUAAUGUUAUAAAAUAAAUUAAAAUGGCACUGAAACAGCUACAGUGAUAUAAUCUCUUAAUUAAAACCAUGAGCAAGU